CUUUCAUAUGCCAACAUACAUAUUUUCUUCUCAAACUCCUCUUUACAACUUCAUCAUCACCAUAUUAUCAAUAAUCAUGGGUGUUUUCACAUAUGAGAAUGAUACCACCUCUACCGUCCCUCCUGCCAAGCUCUUCAAAGCUGUCGUGCAUGACGCUGAUCUCAUCGUUCCAAAGGUUGUUGAUUCAAUCAAAACUGUUGAGAUCGUUGAAGGAAAUGGUGGCCCUGGCACUGUCAAGAAGCUCACUUUUGUUGAAGGAGGACAGACCUUGUACGUGUUGCACAAAGUUGAAGCCAUUGAUGAUGCAAAGUUGGAAUAUAAUUACAGUAUAGUUGGAGGAGUCGGUAUAUCGGAGAUAGUUGAGAAGAUAUCAUUUGAGGCCAAAUUGUUUGAAGGUCCAAAUGGAGGAUCUGUUGGAAAGAUGAUUGUUAAAUAUCAUACAAAAGGAGAUGCUAAGCCGAUUGAAAAGGAAGUUGAGGAAGGCAAAGCUAAGGGUGAUGCUCUUUUCAAAGCCAUUGAGGCUUACAUUUUGGCCAAUCCUAAUUACAACUGAUGAUACAAUCAUCACUCUCCUUACUAAUUAGCCUCCAAUGCAAUAAAGUGUCUGUUCCCUUUGGCUAUGUAUUUCACUUUAUCAAUAAUCAACAACUUAAUAUGAA